AUAUGAGAUGGAGGUAGUGGCGGCUGCCUGCUGCGUUUGUGGUAAAGAAAUUUCACAGGAUCAGGCUUUAUACUGGUACAGUUACCGAAAGUUCAUCUACUUCAGUUAGCCCUCAAUGUAAAGCAUUAUUUUACUGCAGUGACAAGUGCAGGACUGCGGAUUGGAUAUCUCCGAACAAUCCAGAUCACAGUCAUCAGCAGUGGUGUAGCAAAAUGAAAGAUUUUAUGAAUUUUGAACCCGUUCUUCAGAAACUGCCUUUUACCUUUGCUCCAAUAACUACUGCUGCAGAUUUUACACGGUUUAAAUUGGAUGAAAUUCUCUCGCAUUUCGGCGUAAAUCGCCAAGGCCUCUGGAAAUAUGAGUUUUGUUCUAAUUCACAUCACUUCCAGAUUUCUCCAGAAAAACGUAGUUUAGUCAGUCAAAACACUUGUUGCUAGUUACAACGUAAUACUUCCAGAUUAUGAGUCACACAAGGCCUCUACACAUAAGGAUUCCAACAAAGAAUUUCCAUCCAAACCAGUGAUUCCACUUUUUAAAACAAUGGUACAUAUCAUACUCAACUUUCUUAUUAAUCGUUGAAUUUUAGGUGGUGAUCUCCCACUUUUCUCAGAUUUAUGGACUACCACCACCAUUGAUUCCGAAAAACUCGCACCGGUCACUCUGUCCUCGUCUCCAUCAUAUGAGGAUGCUCUAGUCCGGGCAUUCGUGUCUCCAUCACUCGCUGUAAUUAUGAGUUUGUCUCCAUUAUAUGACUCUCCUGCUCCAGAUCUUCAAGAACCAAGCUUGGUGAAUAUCAAUUUGCGUGAUUGGCUUGACUACUACAAGUGGAGAGGCCUUUGCUCUCCGGAUGAAGAAAGUAUUUCUAAUCCUUUGGCUUUGCUACUUCACUGGCCUCUUACUCUUUAUCAUAUUGUUGCUCACAAGCUUCCACAAAUAAAUCCCUUCUGUAUUCCAAAAAUUUUAAUAAAUCGGAAACUUAUCAUACAUGUAAUUGGAGUUGAAAAAGAACUCUCCCUUUUGCCAGUAUUCAAAGAACUGGAUCAUUUGUUCAAACCACAACUCCGAAUUUGUAUCUACUUCAUCGGUAGACAUUUUGAUGCUGCAACGGAUAGAAUUGUCUAUCAUCUUUCGUCACGAUUGUCCGUAAGUGUUUGGAGUGGAUUAUAUCAUGAAUUUUUGCAUACUCAAAAAUCAAAUGAACUGGCUGAUUUGAUUAUUGGUUUCAAUGCUGGUCUCGCUGCCUAUCCAACUUGGCCUCUCACGCUGUCUUCCAUUGCUGAAACUGGUGUGCCAGUGUUCUUUACAGAUUCUUGCUUAUACAGUUCACUAUGGGGUUUCCAAGUAUCAAGUUCUUUGGGUUUAGGCCCAAGUAAACCAGAUGCCAUUUUGUAUGAUGAUUAUUACCAAACUAAUGAUUCCAAUCAAUCAUGUCUGUUUCUAAAUCCAUUUCGAAGCCCUAUCCGUAUUGAGGCCCCGGGUGUGCGGUGGAGCUGGUUCUCAAAUGCCUUCAUAUUCUCCCCUUUUUAUCCUGUAGAUUAUUUACAGAAACGAUCAGACCUACCUCUGCGAAUGGCUUUAAUGAAUGUAUGACUAAUUAACAUAGUUUUUGUUUCAUUUUGUAAUGGAUAUACCUAUUUCUCUUAUCUCUGUAAAUAUUCUAUCUCCAGU